UCCCCCCCCCUCCCAGGCCCCUCCAUCUGUGGUGGAGUCAGUGUGGCCUCUGCCCUGGUGCUGCGCAGGUGUUCUGCUCCCACGCCACCUGCUGGGGGUGAUCUGAGUCGUGGCCCCUACCUGCGGAGGCUGGAUCUUUUCAAAAUGAGAGGAGAAUGAUGACGAUGAACAGUUGACAACAGUGAACAUUAUUGAUGAACAACAGAGUAUAUUAGCCAUGAACAACGAAAAUGCUCACGAUGAGCAUCAUCGCCAUUGAGAACAAUGACGACGAAGAAUUUAGAAAACUGACAAUGAAUAAAUGAGAACAAUGAUAAAGAACGGAUGAGAGCAUUGACGAAUAACAGCUGAAAACACUGAAAAGAACUGUAAAAGGUGAUGAAAAUACUGUAAAGAACACGUAAGAACGAGUGCUGAACAUGGGAGACACUUUCCAUAUACCUCCAAGUAUGUAAACAAACACAUCCAGGGAAUUUAUGAUGAAAUUCUAAUUAAGAGGAAGUUAAUGCAGACAGAUUUAAAAAUACACAAAGAAAGUGAAAGAUUAACGCAGAAUGGAAGAUGAACAUAAGUAGCAUAGCAAAGCAAAGCGAGAAGAUAAACCUAUCAGUUGUCGAUAGUGGAGGCUUAGAAAGAAACAAUACUCGAAAAUGUCUAGAUGACUAAACCACACGAACACAGAUGGAGAUCUGAAUAAGAGCCAUGCGAGUGUUUACAUAGUGUGUGAGGGGAAGUGAAGGCAGUGGGUUUGGGAGGAGGGACGGUGUAGGUGAAGAUAUUUAAAGGCGUGUGGAAGGUGAGAGUGAUAAGAAAUUGUGAAUGGAAAGGGCGGUAGGCGGUUUGAGUUGGUUCUCGCAGAAUGUACAUGACGACGAAGGCCAAUCUAGAAUACUGGUCCACGGACAACUUCUGUGUGAGGUGGUCGCUGAGGACGGGUGCCUGCACCAUUGGUACUCUCUCAUUGGUGUGGCAGGCUUUAAUGGUGGUCGCCGGUGUGAUGAUGCUGGUGGACUGCCCCGUCGACCCUGCCUUCACUGGCACUCUAGAUCAUCAGGCAGACACUGGAACUGCCCAGCUUGCCCUCACUGGCACUGCCGUUCACCCGACAGGUACUGGAGUCACCUCGGAGGCAAGUACCGGCAACAGCAGCUUAGUUUCCCAGCCAGGCGACGUCCCUCGGGCGAGUGACAAUAGCAGCGAUCAAGGUGUCAACAGUGUAGAUGGCGAAGCUGUGGACAGUGCUAACAGCUUUUUUGACGUUCAAGGGAAUACCAACAGCAGCAACAGCGCACUCAACGUCAACUUUAGCUGUCCAUGGUUGCCAGAGCCAGAAACCCAAGUCUUCGGUAUUAACGACAGAUAUAAACUGGAGACGGUGGCGGGGAUCUUCAUGUCCUACUCCAGCAUCUACUGCAUCCUCUCCCUCUGUGUCGUCCUCGGCGUCAUCAAGAGGUCGGUGGUGCUGCUGCAGGGGUGGGUGGCCUUCACAGGAGUCCACAACGUGGUCAUCUUAGUGUUCCUGCUGGUGCCACUGCCCUUCACUACACUCCCACACCUCAUCUGCUCCAUCGCUCACUUCAUCAUCUCCCUCUAUACCUGGGCAGUCGUCAAGUCCUUCAUGUACUCAAUCAAACUGGAGAACACCCAGCCUCUGCUACCUGAAGGCGCCGUCACCGAUUACACGGUGGAUGGCGUAGAUGUUACAGAGAUUCCCGUUGAAAUCUGACAAAGAGAACGAUGAUGCAGGAUGUAGGGGAAAAAAAGAUAAAUUUUUCUAUUUUGAUCAGCUUGACAGCGAUAAUCAUGUUUAUAUAGACGCAAUUCUCGCUAACUGAUGUUCGAUGGUAAGGAUAGGCUGUAGGCCCAAAAUCAUUCAUCCUAGACUAGAGAUCGUUGCCAGAAACAGUUGUGCAUGGAUGCGCUUGCAACAUCUUACUAAAAUCCCGUUUCAACAAAAUCUGAAUUAAAUGUCAAAUACAUCUAUUACCCUUUUACAUUCAUCAUUACAAGAUUUGAACGGCCUACAACUUUCAAUCUGUGUAUAAAGGACAAAAUAGUUUUGAAAAGGACAAUAUAUAUAUAU